GUGGUCAUCGGCUCCAGGGAUGAGGAAGGCCAGUACAGCCUCCACUUCCACAACUGUGACAACCUGCGGCCCAGCCACAGCCGGCCGUUUGAUAUCACGGUGACCAUCUGUGAGCGCAACCCGGGCGGCUUCCUGUCGGCCUCCGAGAUGCCCCUCUUCAAACUCUACCUGGUCAUGGCCGUCUGUUUCCUGGCUGCGGGUGUCUUCUGGGUGUCUGUCCUCUGCAAGAAUACGUACAAGGUGUUCAACAUCCACUGGCUCAUGGCGGCCCUGGCCUUCACCAAGAGCGUCUCUCUGCUCUUCCACAGUAUCAAUUACUACUUCAUCAAUGCCCAGGGUCACCCCAUCGAGGGCCUGGCUGUCAUGCAUUACAUCACCCACCUGCUGAAGGGCGCCCUCCUCUUCAUCACCAUCGCCCUCAUCGGCUCGGGCUGGGCCUUCAUCAAGUAUGUGCUGUCGGACAAGGAGAAGAAGGUGUUUGGGGUGGUCAUCCCCCUGCAGGUGCUGGCCAACGUGGCCUACAUCAUCCUGGAGUCCCGUGAGGAAGGCACCAGCGACUACGGGCUCUGGAAGGAGAUUCUGUUCCUGGUGGACCUGGUCUGCUGUGGGGCCAUCCUCUUCCCGGUGGUCUGGUCCAUCCGGCACCUCCAGGACGCCUCGGGCACAGAUGGGAAGGUGGCGGUGAACCUGGCCAAGCUGAAGCUCUUCCGCCAUUACUACGUCAUGGUGAUCGUCUACGUCUAUUUCACACGCAUCAUCGCCAUCCUGUUGCGGGUGGCCGUGCCCUUCCAGUGGCAGUGGCUCUACCAGCUCCUGGUGGAGGCCUCCACCCUGGCCUUCUUCGUGCUCACCGGCUACAAGUUCCAGCCUGCGGGCGAUAACCCCUACCUGCGGCUGCCCCAGGAGGACGAGGAGGACGUACAGAUGGACCAGAUAAUGACCGAUUCCGGCUUCCGGGAAGGCUUGUGUAAAGUCCACAAAACAGCCAGCGGGCGGGAGCUGUGAUGCGACCAGAUCUGGACCAACCCGGACCCCUGGGACCUCUUGUGACCAGUGACCACAUUUCCCCUCCCCCUCCCCCCAACCCACGUGUCCACACUGUGCAGGCAGCCAGGGCAGGCGGGGUGCCCUCCAGCCCGGGGGAGGGCCUGGGACCCAGUUCCCCGAGCCCAGACACACAGACCGACAGACAGGCAGACAGGCAGGCAGGCAGACAGACAGACAGACAGACCGACCCUUCUGCCUCCCCCCAGCUGUACAAGAACGAGCCCGUUUCCUACGCAGGCUCCUCGCCUUGGUGGGGGCUGCAGGCUGGGGGGGUGACUCUCUGGUGGCCUUCACGGUUGGGGGGGG